GGUGGAGCUAAGAGGGAAAACAAGCGCUCUUUUCCGGGGUAGGGGCACGGUUGGAGCAUCCACGAAGGAGCUAGGAGUCGUUUGUGAGGUUACUCCUCCCACACCUCCUAAGGCGCACCCCUGCCAGCAGGACACCCACUUCUGUGAGCAAACUCCAGGUCUUUUCCAAGGAUGACGCGGCACGGCAAGAACUGCACGGCGGGGGCCGUCUACACCUACCAUGAGAAGAAGAAGGACACAGCGGCUUCAGGCUAUGGGACCCAGAACAUUCGACUGAGCCGGGAUGCCGUCAAGGACUUCGACUGCUGCUGCCUCUCUCUGCAGCCCUGCCAUGACCCCGUCGUCACCCCGGACGGCUACCUGUAUGAGCGCGAGGCGAUCCUGGAGUACAUUUUGCACCAGAAGAAGGAGAUCGCCCGGCAGCUGAAGGCCUAUGAGAAGCAGCGGGGCGCGCGGCGGGAGGAGCGGAAGGAGCUGCAGCGGGCAGCAGCGCAGGACCAGGUGCGGGGCUUCCUGGAGAAGGAGGCGGCCAUCGUGAGCCGGCCCCUCAACCCCUUCACGCCCAAGGCUGCCUCGGGAACCGGCCCAGAUGAUACUGGGGCCACCAUGACCUUGUCCUGGUUCUCUCGCUGCCCUCACCACUUGGGCCUCCUGCUGAGCCUCACCCACCGGGCCCUCUCCUGCCACAGGGCCUUUGCACCUGCUGUUGCCGCCGCCUGA